AUGUCUACAGUGCACUGCAAACUACUAUUUGCAUCUCUAUAUACAUUUCAAAGGAAGGAGGACCCUCUCUUCGUUUUCAUUUCCAAGUCGUUGUUUUCUUGGGUUCCAAACUUCUUUCGGAUUUCUAGAUUGACAAGGAGAGUUGCCAUCCCUUUUCUUCUACUUUUUUGUUUUUCCUCUUUAAACCUAAUCUGGUGUAGCGGUGAGAGUCCUUUUUCGACCUCUAGGUAA